UUUCCCACCAUACUUCACAAAACCAAAAAUCAAUACACAGAGAGAUGGGAAAGUCAUUCCUAUGCACGAUUGUCUCACUUUGUCUAGUGGCUGCUGUUGCCACGGCCCAACAAUGUGGCCAGCAAGCUGGUGGCGCAACCUGCGCCAACAACCUUUGCUGUAGCCAAUAUGGUUACUGUGGUACAACCGAUGACUAUUGCUUACCUUCCAAUAACUGUCAAAGCAAUUGCAACUCCGGCGGUGGCAGUGGUGGUGAAGAGAGUGCUACUAAUGUGAGAGCCACGUACCACUACUAUAAUCCUGAGCAGAAUGGAUGGGACUUGAAUGCUGUUAGUUACUGGUCCACUUGGGAUGCUGGCAAACCCUUGGCAUGGCGUAAAAAGUAUGGCUGGACUGCCUUUUGUGGCCCUGUUGGCCGACUGGCCAGGCGUCCUGCGGCAAGUGUUUAA